CCAUUGUGCCAUUGUGCCAUCGAUUACAAUAUAAAUCAAUAACUUCAACUGAAUAACUCAGAUUAAAAUUUCAGUCCUUGGCUCUGCAGAGCGCGGCAAUGUCUGUCUGUAGUGUUAUUUCGGUUUGUGUGGGUUGCUUCUUACACCGUACUCGUACGCCCGUACGCCGCAACUCACGCGCUAGAAUAUCAACUUCUCCUCUACUACAUGUCGAGUGGGCAAACUUCAUGCAUGCCGUGUGCCUUAUCUGAUUUAUGAUCCACUGUGCCGUAAGUUCCGACUUCCAUGCCUAUAUGGAGCACUGGAAUUUGAAGUGCGCUUCAUCACCGGGAAAAGACGUGACUAUACAUUAGGUGGUAUAGAGCGGAGCCUCUUUGGUCCGUUUGAAAUAUAAGGGACAGGAUAGUCAGUCGACCUAUCUCACAGAUUUGACCCCAAGCGAAUAUGUAUCUCGUAUGGGAUAUCGCCGCUGCAACGCUCGCCGUUUCGUUCACUUACUUCCUCUACUCAAGAGGCCAUUCUGUGACCCUCCACUUGCCCCCGAGCCCUCCAAAGGAUUUCUUGAUCGGACACGCAAGAAAAAUCCCAUUCGUCAGAGGAUGGGAAGUAUACGCAAAGUGGAAAGAAGACUACGGCGACGUCAUCUACACUCAAGCCUUUGGUCGAUCUAUUGUUGUCCUUAACUCUCUCGUUGCAGCUCGUGACCUUCUGGAAAAGAGGAGCAAUGUCUUCUCCGAUAGACCAUAUUUGCCCGUGGUUUAUGAGAUGGGAUGGGAGUUCGCCCUGUCGCUUCUUCGUUAUGGCCCACGCUUCCGAAAGCAGCGCAGGAUUUAUCAUCAAUACUUUAACCCUCAGGCAAUUUCAGCCUUCAGCCCUACGCGAGAUCGCGAACUUCGGAAAUUUCUUCAGCAUUUAGUAUCUAGUCCGGAUAACUUCUUUAUGCACAUACGCAGGCAAGUAAUUCUGUUUUUUAUUUCUGGAAUGAUCGUUUCAAUAACGUAUGGUCAUGAGGUAGUGACUGAACCCGAUCCUUUUGUCGAAUUCAUUGAAGAAGCCAUGCAUGCUUUGAUAAGUUCCGGCAACUUUGGGACAACAAUUCUCGAUGUAUUCCCGUUCAUGCGUUAUGCACCCUCCUGGCUGCCUGGAAUGGGAGUGAAGAGACUGAUUCCGAGAGCUCGAGCGCUCACGGAUCGUGUUAUGCUGGGUCCUCUAGAAGAACUAAAAGCAAAGAGGGAAAAGGGCAUUAUUCUCUCGUGCAUAAUGUCCGAUCUGCUCAACCAGUACGAAGAAAUGGAUACGACCGAUCCCGAUCAUGAAAUUGAUAUUAUGAACGUCGGAUUGACUGUCUACGCUGCUGGAUCAGAUACGACUAGUUCAACACUCAAGGCAUUCUUCCUGUUGAUGACAAUUCAUUCAGAUGUAGCAAAGAAAGUCCAAGAAGAGAUUGAUAGAGUCGUUGGAAGAGACCGUUUACCUCGUAUUGAAGACAGAGGCGACCUACCUUAUCUCGACUGUGUAUUGAGAGAGCUGUAUCGGAUCCAUCCAGCUGUACCUCUUGGUCUUCCACAUAGAUCAACGAAGGCAGAGCAAUAUCGUGGAUGGACCAUCCCAGCAGGGUCAAUGAUUGUUGCAAACAUAUGGUACAUGAUGAGAGACGAAAAGAUAUUCCCAGAUCCGGAAUCCUUCGUACCUGAGCGCCACAUGGCAAAUGUAAUGGCUAGCUUGGAUGUUCGUUCCGAAGAAUUAGCGGAAGGGGUCUCCGCUAGUACGGACGAUGACCCCAGUAGCAUGGUGUUCGGCUUCGGCAGAAGGAUUUGCCCUGGCAAAUAUCUUGCAGACACAACUCUCUGGCUGACUGUGGCGACCGUGCUUGCGUUAUUCGAUAUCUCGCCCUACAUAGAUCCGAAGACAGGAAUGGUCGAGGUUCCGAAACUUGAACUCAAUAGUGAUGGGGUAAUUGUGCAUCCGAACACUUUCAAGUGUACAAUUGUCCCUCGGCGAGACAGAGAGCAAGUGGAAACCAUGAUAAUGGGACUUUAG